AUGGCCCCAACUGAAACGAUCGUUUCACGCACGGCCGAUCAUCCCGCCUACGCCCUCGUGCCGCGCCUCUCUUAUCGAAACUCUAUUCCUUCUGGCAGCCCAUCUACUGGGUCGCGGCAGUCGGCAAGCACAAUUGGAAUAACCCUGACCACAGAUACUGCUAGCACAACCUCUACAGUCAUCACCUCUCCCUCUGAUGUCGAAAGCGGCCCUCGGUCACCUGGAUUGCCAGUCUUGACCCCAUUAUCCUCCGUGACUUCUGCUCCUAGAUCUCUUUCUGCACGAUCCCUGGCCAUGUCUAGCACAGCAAAGCCUACCAAAGAUAAAAAGAAACCUUCCUUUCUCGGUACGCUUUUCACCAAGGAACCUUCGACAGAUGCCUUUCUACAAAUGCAGAAUCAAUCGCGGAAACAAACAGCUCAGAAUCCAGGACGAAAGAAUCCUCCUGGAAUGUCGGGCGUAUCGUCUACCAAGAUGCCUCAAGACGUGCCAAAGGUCAACUCGAAAUGGGAUGGAAUGCCACGAACAGCGAAUGAAGAAUAUGAUAGAAGAAAUCCCCGAACAAGCUCUCGCGGGCAUUCGACAAGAGCAUCCUCUGCUCGUUCUCGCAGCGCCGCUCCAAGCGGCCAUGGGAGACACAGCCGGGGACUAUCAGCUUCCACUAACAACUCGAAUCAUUCGAGCCAGGCAAGGUCAGCAAAUGGCGCGCAUGUAGUCCAUUCAGCAGAAAGUUUUUCAAGCAGCAAUAGCAUCAAAAAUUCUCGAGCAAAAAGUACUCCAUUACAUACACCCUCACUAAGAUCACCAUUGGGGAGCAGCCUUCCACAUAUCACAUCCUUCUUUCCCGAUGACAUGCCUAAGUCACUUGUUGUCCCCCAUAUAUCCGGACUACAGAGUCGCACAGAAGUUUCUCUCCAGGGUUCGAGCGAGGGAUAUACCUCCAAAGAAAUUCCUAGAUGGGAAGAGAACUAUGCUAUUUCAGAUCAAGCUUCGUCUCCAAGCUCAACUACGUUGGAGCAUUGGCCCAUUACGCCCUCUUCCGAGCCAUUAUCAUUGCCGCAUCCACGUCAGCCUGUCAUCAAGGUUGACGACUCUUUCCCGUUUCCACCAAUGGACGUCAAAUUUUCCGAACUAGUACUCCUCUCACUAAAUUCCGAUGGGCUUGAUCAUCCCAUUACCACAAGGGAAGAGUCCAAUGAAUCUGCUCGAGCUUUCUCAGCUGGGGAGGCUCGCUCAGUUCGGCUUUCGAAUGAUGACGCGCGGUCACUAACACCAAAGUCAAUCCUCAAGAAGGGCACUAGAGGGCAAGUCUUUGCACCCUCAGUUCAAAUCCAGCAUGACUUGGAAAAACGACCUGAUUCGUCACGGGCACGAUUGGGGCUGAUGGCAAGCAUAAUCAGAAGUCCCGAUGCCGUUCCAUGGGAGUGUGAUGACGAGAAAGAGUCUCGACCUGUACCAUCACAUCGAACAUCAUUGCAUAAGAACCUGCUUCCAAAGAGCUUAGGCAUAUUUGGUAAAGCUUGA